GUAGAGCUAGACUCUUAUUCGAGGAUUAGCUAGCUAGUUACAGAGUUAGCAUUUACUUCAUUCAUAGUUUCCGUGAUUUUAAAAAAAUAUGCAGAUGUCAAAGGAUUUAGAAGUGUGUAUCCUGAUCUCUGCAUGUAUUCACUGUCUGUUGGCUCAGACAUUUCCAUUUGUCAGCUUCAAAGGACAAAAUCUGACAAACCAUAGCUAUGUGGACCUCAGCCUUGUGGGGAAUGAUGCCAGUGGUAGUAGCAGUGUUCAGUGUCAGACUGAUCUUGAAACAUGCUGCAGUGUUUCACUUGGAUCUCACAGAGGAGACUGGUACUUUCCUAAUGGGACCAUACUUCCAUUCAAUUCUCCUAAACAAGCUGUUUUUGAGAAUCGAGGUGGUAAAAGGGUUGAUCUUCGCCGUAGGACACAGGGUACAUCUGGUAUAUAUCGCUGCGACAUACCAACACUUGCAGUCCAUGAUGACACUCCUAAAAGUGUACGAGAUACAGUGUAUAUUGGACUCUAUCUCAAUGGAGCUGAUAUCGCUGUAACUGAGAUGAAA